AUUAUAAAAUAUUCACUAAGAUGCCCAUAGGCAUCGUGUAAACUCGAAUUCUAGUUAAAACUUUAUUAGCUCAGCGAUUCUUUGUAUGGCAGGAGCUCAAUUUGAAUAUGAUAAAAGCGGAGGAACCUCAUAUUAUUUUAUAACAACCUUCUUUGCUCUAGCAUUAAUUCCAACUACAUAUUAUUUUUGGCCCAGGAAAAAAAAAUAUAAUGGAGAAAUUAUCAAAAAAUGUCACUGUGAUGGUUGCCAUGCAAAAUUUAAUUUAAUUAAUGCUUUAAAACCUAAAAAUGAAAUUAAAAAUAUAUUAAUCAAAAUAUUUUUAGUGUCAGCAUGGUUAAUCUUUUUUUAUCUAGCCUAUUAUGCUGCAAAAGUUGAAAAAGAUUUUAAUGAAUAUGAUCCAUAUGCAAUAUUAGAAAUUGAUAGGGGUGUUACAGUUAGUGAAAUCAAGAAAAAAUAUAGGCAAUUAAGUGCAAUGUAUCACCCUGAUGUUAAGGAUACAGGAGAUUCAAAUAAAUUUAUGAAAAUUGCCAAAGCUUAUGCUGCACUUACUGAUGAAGAUUCUAGGAAAAACUGGGAAGAAUUUGGUAAUCCAGAUGGUCCAGGAGCAACAACUUUUGGGAUAGCAUUACCUGCUUGGAUUGUAGAAAAGGGGAAUUCUAUUUGGGUAUUGACAGCAUAUAUAAUUGUAUUCAUGAUUGUACUACCUGUUCUUGUGGGUACAUGGUGGUACAAGUCUAUAAAAUACAGCGGGGACAAAGUACUGAUUGACACUACACAAAUGUACAUGUAUUUUUUCCAUAAGACACCCAAUAUGAUGCUGAAAAGAGUUAUUAUGAUUUUAGCUGCUUCUUUCGAAUUCUGCAAAUUUUACAAUACGGAGAUUCACGAAAGACCUAGUGACAAUUUUGAAUUGCCUCAGCUACUCAAAAGAAUGACCAAUUUGAAUGAAAAGAAUAAAGAGAGACCCUUAUCAGCACCUUAUAGUAUCAAAGCAAGGAUUUUAUUUCACGCGCACCUUACCAGGUUGGAUCUACCAGCUAACACAUUAGAUUUGGACAAAAAAUAUAUCUUGAAAAAGUGUCCUGCCUUGUUAAAUGAGAUGGUAAAUUGCGUGGCUCAAUUGAUGGCUUUUGCUAAUUCUGGAAGAAUUCAACACAGCCCUAGACUUGAAACUAUGGAAAAUAUAAUGAAAACGAGUCAAAUGAUUAUUCAAGCUCUUUGGGAAUUUAAAAGUCCGUUACUUCAAUUGCCGCACAUUGGGGAAGAUCUUUUAAAGCAUUGCAUCAAUAAAAAAUAUUCUAUCAGAACUAUAAAAGAUCUAGCAACAAUGAAAGAUAAUGAUAGGAGAUCUUUAUUUUCUAAGCUAACGGACAGGGAAUAUGGAGACGUUAUUUUCAUAUUAUCAAAAAUGCCACAUGUUGAAUUGGAGAUAGUGACUAAAGUAAUGGAUGAUGAAGACCCGACUACUAUAACAGCUAAUUCGAUAGUAACGGUAACUGUAACGCUGGUACGCAAAGACAUGAGUUAUAUGGUAGACAAUCAACAUGCCUUAUCUCAAUUUAAUACCGAAAUUAAUUCUUCGUUGCCUAAUGGAAAUUGUUUAAUGCAAAUCGAAGACGAUAAAAAAUUGGAAGACGUGGAAGAACUCGAAAAUAUGAAUUCAAACACUAGAAAUGCUACCAAAGUUGCUCCUAAGCAACCCACUUACAAGCCGAAAAAGAAAGCUUUCAACAAAGGCGGGAAACACAAAACCAAUGCCCACCAGAACGUCAAAAAAAAUAAAAAUAACGUUACUGCCUCUCAAAAAAGUAGCGUCGCUAACCAGUCCAUCGGAGAAGGUGCAAACAAUAUUAAGCCAGAACAAACAGAGAAGGAAGACAUAAAAGAUAUGGUCCACAAGACUGAUGGAGAUAAGGAAGAAACCAAAAGUAAUACAAUCCAAGGGAACAAGACGAAGAAAAGGGACAAAAAGGUUCCCAUAUCUCCAUCACAUGAUUCAUCAUCUUACAGUGAUGGUAGUAGCGGCAGCAGCAGCAGUUCGGAAGACAGCUCAGAUUACUCCUCUCAAGAUGGUGACGGAAGUUCGCACAGGCGCAAACGCGAACUCAAGGAUGCCAUCUUGUUAGCCGGACAAGAGGCCGCCGCCGAAGAUUACGACGACGACAUCAUCGAUUAUCGACCUUACCAAUCGAAGAGAAAAACCGAAAAUGAUAAGAAAAUAAAUGACAAAACUAAGGAUUUAGAUGGGAAAGCGGGAAAGAAUGAUAAAACCGCUAAAGUGACUCAAAAUGAAAGGGGGAAUAACGAAGAUAUGGAUAAUAAUAACGAGAACGAGGAAGGCGGAGACGAACUAUGGGACGAGGAAUUCCAGCAGACGAUUCGUAGGCGAGAAAGGGUUAUGUUGGAAGGAGGCAAGCCUAAAGACACCUUCGAAGUUCAUUGCCCUUAUUUCCCCGAGAAAAAAUUUGAAAGAUGGUGGUUAUAUAUGGCCGAUCGAAAGCACAGUACCCUUAUCACAGCUCCACUUUACAUUACCAGUCUCAACAAUUCUGAAGAGUUUCAAUUGAAAUUUCCAGCUCCCCCUAAACCGGGUAUAUACGCGUUUACCGUCGUUUUACGAUCAGAUUCUUAUUUAGAUUGUGAUUUCACAAAAAAUGUCAAACUUGACGUUAAGGAAGAAAAAAAGAUGGAAGAAAAUCACCCUCAAUGGGAUAUCUCUGACUCAGAACCGAACGAUGAAGAUGACAAUGUCAGGGGAAAACAUGAGGACGAUGAGCUAUCUCACACUGACAAUAAUUCCCCUUCGGGCGAAAAGGUUAAUUCAACAAACAAAAGCAAGGGCAAAUCUAAUAAGGCGAAUAAACAAAACUUAUCGGACUUGGAAUACACUACAGAGGAAGAGAGCGACGAAGAAGACCAUUCUUCAGUUGAUAAAGAGAAGUGAUGAGAUUAGCCUUUAGGAGGACACAGAUGGAUCAGAUUUUAAAUGAGUAGAUAAGAGAGAAAGAGUGAUGGAAAACAAUUUAGUCGAUAUUUUACAUCUCUUUUACUCAUUAAAACAUCAAAUCGCUAAGACGAACGAAUGAAUUUAUUUUUAAAUUAGAGAAAAUUCAUUUUAUUUUUAUACUAGUGUAAAUAUAUUUAUUUUAAUUAUUAGUUAGGAACGGGCACAUGCGACCAAUUUUUAAAUAUUUUUAUGUUUUCUUUUUUUGUAACCUAACUAAUAAUAUUAUAAUAAUAUAUAUAAACUAAUAUAAUCCUUUUUUUAAAUUUUCUAUUUUAAUAAUAAUCCUUCAAAAUAUUUGCUUAUAAUUAAUUUAAUUUUUAUGAUGAAACAUCAAAUAUACACUUGUUUUUUUUAUACUAAUCAUUAGUUUUAAAAGAUAACCUAUCUUUUGAUAUUACAUUUUAAAAAAUAAUUUUAAUGUGUUAGCCCUUUAAAAUUAUAUGUAUUUAUUAUAUACAAUUAAAGUCAUUUAUGGUAUUUAUUAUUAUCCUUUUGUUAAUUAUUGAUUGCAAAGAACUCCCUAAUAUUUAUUAUUUAUUUUUUUCCAAUCACUUCAUUACUUUGCUACAAAACGCCUAAUUUUAUUUGCCUUCAUAUUCCGGUUAAAUUCAUAUAAUUAUUGUUUCUGAAAAAAAAUUGCAAUGUUUGUUAUACAUGAUCUUGUAUAAUCAUAUUUUUAUUUUUCAUAUUACCAAUGAAUAUGUCAAGUAAA